GUGACAACAUUUUACAUAGCAGCUGGGAUAUUUUGGAUACUCAAGGCAAGCCAUCAACAAGGCAGAAUCAGUCAGACUUCACAAGCUUUGAGGAUACUAGAGUUUUGAUAUGCUCAACCACCUUCAACAAAGAGAGAUAAUAAGUUAGCACCUGCUUUGCUCCUUGUUUUUAUUUCUGCUCUGUUCUCCAUAGCCUUCCAAAGCCAAGUUUGGUUUACAGCUCUUUCCACAGCCCUUAACAUCUCAACCUCUGUACUCAUCUUCCAUGCUGAUCUUGACAUUCCCAUCUUUUCUGUUAGCCUUUCUAUAUAACUCUUUUCUUUUGUCUCCCAACUCGUUAUUCACCAUUUGAACCUACCUUGCCCUUUCGUUAAAAGAUCUGGAAGAGCAUAUCUAAGGAUACAUGUCAUUGUAAGGUCAGCAGUUUUACAAGGAUUUUGUCUUCUGUUGACAUGUAUGGAUAUUGGGCACAUGAGCAUGCAUCAUCCAACAAGAUUCCUUCAUUUGUAACAACAGAACUCAAAACUGGACACUUCGUAGAAGCACCAUCCAUGAAGCUUCUCUUGCUUUUAGUGUUUCUUGCCACUCUGCUGGAUAGUUGCUACAGCCUCCAGAACUGUACCAACCCAUGUCACAAGUAUGCAAAAUGUGAAGUUCGCAAUGGAAUCCAUGGUUGUUACUGUAGCCCAGGAUUCACCGGACCUGGGAUUGAUGCAGAUGGUAACAGUGGUUGCUCUGAUGAUAAUGAAUGUGCAAAUGCCACACAACUUUGUGGAGAAAAGGCAAACUGUACAAAUACUAUGGGAAGCUACUUCUGCAUGUGCAAAGAUGGAUACAAAUCUAGUAAUGGGAACACAAGCUUUGUAACCAAUGAUGGUACUUCUUGUAGAGAUAUAGAUGAGUGCAGUGAACUGGGAACCGAUGCCUGUGGAGAUCAUGCACAAUGUGAGAAUAUGGAUGGAGGAUACAGCUGCACCUGUAACGAAGGUUAUCAACCAUCCACAGGAAAAUUACCAUUUAAACCAAAUGAUGGCACUUCCUGCCAAGCAAUACCAGCAACAACCUGUGAACUGAACAACUGUAUAGCUAAAAGCAUUAACCAAACUUUAGCUAAAAUUAGUGAAUUAAAAGAUCCUCUGGCUGUAUUACAAGAAAUCAAGAAGAACAGCAUAGGACCCAUUACACCAGCUGAAAUAAUUUCUUAUGUUGAAAUGUUAUCUGUACCGUUUUCCUUGAUGAGUGUCACAAAUUACACAAUUUCUGAUAAGCAGCUUCAAGAUCAAGCUCUUAAUGAAUUUGUUAGUAGUGUAAAUAAUUUUGUUCAGGAAGAUAAGAAGACAGCUUGGGAAGCUAUUCCAGCAGACAACAGAAGAAGAAGCCUUACCAAAUUGAUGCACACUGCCGAGGAAACAACAGCUUUGCUAUCUGAGAAUUUCCCAAAGAUGGCAGAAGUAGAAGUUAAUGCUAGUGAUAUGGCUGUAAGACUUUAUACUUUUGACCCAGAGAAGGUGAACCUUAUCCACCAAAAUACUCAGAUGGGAGCAGACAGCAUUAAGGUCUCUGCAAAGAAAAACGAAAUAUCUUCUGCUAAAGGCACAGUUGCAGUUGUGUUUCUGCGAUACGACAAUAUUGGAGCUCUGCUUUCAUUACCACAGAACUUGUCCCUCAUAGAAAGUACAGAGGAUGGAGAAAUAGUAGGUUCAUCAGUUAUAGCUGUUGCAAUUAGGUCCACUCCACCUGGACUAUAUUCAGCUGAGAACAUAAUAUUUACUUUAAAACAUGCACAGACCGUAGGCAAAAAGGACGUUAAAUGUGUAUUUUGGAAUUAUUCAGAAGACACUAUGGAAGGGAAGUGGGCCACAGAAGGAUGUGAGAGGACCCACUCCAAUAGCACACAUACCUCAUGCAGAUGUAACCAUCUUACUCAUUUUGCAGUCUUAAUGUCUUCAAAUGGCUCUAAAGUUGAAACUAAGGAUUAUAUUCUUACAAGAAUCACUCAGCUUGGAAUAAUUAUCUCAUUGAUUUGUCUCGCCAUGUGCAUUUUCACCUUCUGGUUCUUCAGUGAAAUCCAAAGUACGAGAACAACAAUCCAUAAAAAUCUCUGUUGCAGCCUUUUCCUGGCAGAGUUUAUUUUUUUGAUCGGAAUUAACAUGAACACUAAUAAGCUAUUCUGUUCCAUCACGGCUGGACUGCUCCAUUACUUCCUCCUAGCAGCUUUUGCAUGGAUGUGUAUCGAAGGCAUUCACUUGUAUCUUAUAGUUGUUGGAGUAAUCUACAAUAAAGGAUUCUUACACAAGAAUUUCUAUAUUUUUGGCUAUGUAAGCCCAGCAGUAGUGGUUGGCAUUUCUGCUGCACUGGGAUAUAAAUACUAUGGAACAACUGAUGUAUGUUGGCUCAGCACAAAGAAUAACUUUAUAUGGAGUUUUAUAGGACCAGCAUGUUUAAUAAUCCUUGUGAAUUGGAUGGCAUUUGGAGUAAUUAUCUAUAAAGUAUUUCGUCAAACAGCUAUGCUAAAGCCAGAAGUUAGCUGCUAUGAAAAUAUAAGAUCCUGUGCCCGAGGAGCACUUUCUCUCCUUUUUCUCCUGGGGGCUACGUGGAUUUUUGGCGUGCUUCAUGUCAUCCAGGGAUCAGUGGUCACGGCAUAUCUUUUCACAAUUUUCAAUGCAUUUCAGGGACUGUUCAUCUUUAUAUUUCUUUGUGUGCUGUCACGAAAAAUCCAGGAUGAAUACUCCAGGGUGUUCAGAAAUGUCCCUUGCUGUUUUAGAUGCUUAAGGUAAAUUGAAAGCCAAGAUGAGCAGCUCUGUGGAAGGGAACAGAAAACAAGAGGCUUUCGAAAAAUUGCUAUAUUGUGAGAGUAUGAAAUGUACUACUGAGCUGUCAUCUCUCUUAAAUCAAUUAUUUUCUCUCUGGUAUAGGUAUUGUACUUAAAUGUGCACUCAGGCACACUAUAUUGUGUACAAAACUGCAUAUCUGUACAAGACAGACUGGUUUAUUGUGUAACAAAUAAGGCUUCUAAAGGUGCCCAGGACUCUUUAGGGCAAACAACUAAAGCUUGAAAGAGGGAAAAAUGAAUCCAAGGUGAAAAGCUUUUUGUUGCUGUUGCUGUUAGAAGAUUGACUCUUCAUUUCAUAUCUAAUGCUUGGAAAUGAAAUAAUUUCACUUAUUGACAUUUAAAGAGAGUACAGCCCAUUAGAGUGUUUAAAAAAGGUUUUACCUUGGCCAGAAUAUCGUGUCCCACUUUGAAAGGAGCUAAGUUAAAAAAAAUAGCAAUGUGUGUAGUUCUUUAGUUCUGAUCAUAAAGAGAAGACAUACAGCAAUUUUGCUAGCUGAAAGUUUAGAUGGAAGGCUCGCAGACAUCUACUAGCUCAGAAUCCCUCAGUCAUGAUAAGUGUAAGAUGGGUGGACUUCAACUCCCAGAAUUCCCCAGCAAGCCAUGCUGGCUGAGGAAUUCUGGGAAUUGAAGUCCACCUAUCUUAAAGUUGCCAAGGUUGAGAAACAUUGUCUAACCCUGCCCUGUAAGUGGUGGUGCAUACUAAUCAUUCAUUGUCCACAUGGGAUGGGAAGGGGAUUCCCUGUGUCCCACACAGUUCUUUUAAAGUCAAUGAUCGGGAGGGGGGUUGACAUGGCAUGGUCAAUAGUGAUACAUAGCCUACCAGUAUUCAUUUUUCUCACCUCAAAGGUUUUACUCAAAACAACAGAUCUACAUAGCAAAGAAAAGGUGGGGCUCCUUAUGUUUGACAAGAGAUGUGUACUUAAAGAAAGGCUUUUCUUAUGCAAUACUGCCUUAAAAUAUGCAUUAGGCAAUGUUACAACAGUGAGUAGACCACCAGUAUGGAAAGCAUUUGAAAGGGCAACUUUGCAAAGCAUAGUGGUAACCUCUCCUUAAAGCUUUAUGGAAGCCAUGUCCAAAGAAGGCUCAAUAUGACUCUUUGAAAGUUUCACUCAAUUGCAUACACACACACACACACACACACACACACAGAGAGAGAGAGAGAGAGAGAGAGAGAGAGAGAGAUUACCUGGAAAAAGGUACUGCAAGAACUCAUUAAUGUUUUCCCAUCCCCACAUCCAACAUAGUAAUCACAGUUAUUGUGAUGAAAUUAGUAAUUGCACCAGGUGGGAAACAGUUACCAAAAUUCCAAAGUACUAUAGGAUGUAAGUCAGCAUGUUAAGAGCAGGAGCAUAGCCAUGUAUUGUCAUUGGACCUGUGUGAAUUGAUUUAAGUUUGCUUUAAUUAAUUGAAUCAGAUGAUGGAGACAAUGUGAUUUAUUUUGCUGAAAUGAAGAAGGCAUCCCAAUCCCUUUGCCAAAGUAACGUUGGUAGUCUCAAACAACUGAAUCUCAUUAGGCGGGGCUAAUCUGUCACUGCCCAAAGUAUACAUUGGACCUUCCCAGCCCAGAUGGGGUAGUAGUGAAAUUUCAACUGGUCAUUCCAAGGCAUGGUGCCCGAGCCAAAUGCCAUAUGUAGUUACAGAUGUGCCUCCUUCUGACUGCAGUUCUGUAUAUGUUGCAUGUAUAUGUGAAAACUGCAUUGUAUAUAACAACAUUUGCUUCCAGCAAGACCUCUUCAGGCCAGUAUGAUCAUUGGAAGACUAAUUUCAAAGAGUUUAAACUCAUGUGAAAUCUACAAAUAAGAGGUUUUCCAGAAAUGCAGAAUUUCUCUGGUAGGCUUCAGUGAGAAACAAAUUUAGAAGACUGUAUAAAUGAGAGGUGAACAGGAAUGCCUAGAUGUAAGUGUAAAUCUGCUUAUUGGAUUAAAUAAAUCCUUUCAAUUAAGAAUAUCAAAGAGAAUGUUGCUGUUUUCCAAAUGUCAGAGCAUCUAUAUAAUAAUAAAUCAAAUCUAUGUUACCAA